AUGGAUGGAUUUUCAUUCAUGUACAAUGAGUGUAUGCCUCUGAUAUCCGAAUGUUUUCCAUGUAUACUUUCCAUGUUGAUCUUUUCUUUGUAUAUUGUUUCAUUCACGGAAUGUCUCAAUGGAAAGGUAGAUCAGCUCAGUGUUGCCAGUGAACAAUUAUCCAACGCCUUGCAAACACGAGAAAAGUUCAUUUCCAACAUUUCACACGAGUUCAGAACUGUAUGCUUAUCGAGUUUGGGAAGUAUUGAAUUAUUGAAGGACACCAAUUCCUUGACUGCAGAACAAAAGGAGCUCUUGGAAAAUGUGGAAUGCUCCAAUGGAAUGAUUUUGAGUGUGAUUGAGGAUAUCUUACAUUUUGCAAGAACAGAGAAUAUUUCCACACAUCAACCAAACAACAAUCGCAGACACUCUCAAUCAGAUAUGAUGACCUUAGAUUUUGAAUUAGCCUCAUGUUUACGCACCAUCUAUAACAUUAUCAGAGGUUAUUGUAAACCACUAAAAGUACAUGUUGAGCUAGAAUUGAGUGAAGACAUUGGUGAGAACUUGCUGGUUCAUGGAAGUCAAUCCAGUCUUCAACAAUGUUUGAUCAAUUUGCUCAGUAAUGCUGCAAAAGCAUCAAAGAAAGGCCAGACCAUCACUUUGAGAUGUGGUCUAAGCAAGCAAGCCACAACUACUAAUGAUCAUCAUGUGAAUCCUGUUGUGGGUAAAAAGUGUUCAUCCUCUCGACAAUGGUUUGAGUUUAAAGUUAUUGAUCAUGGAAAGGGAAUUGAAACACAAUAUCUGAACAUGCUCUUCCAACCGUUUGUGCAGUUGAACAGUUUCAGUAAUUGUGGAAUUCCAGGAACUGGUCUCGGAUUAAGUAAUGUGAGAAAUAAUGUAUCCUUUAUGGGAGGAAAGAUCAGUGUACAAUCUCAAGUCGGGAAAGGAAGUACUUUUACCUUAAUGGUUCCAUUCCAAGUGGUCUCUAACAAUGAAAAGGUUGUACCCUCACCGUCAGUUGAGAAGGAAGCAAAUGCAGAACAUGAAGUACCAGCAACUUGUAGUGGUAGCCUGAUGCAACGUAGACGCAGCACUAGUAUUUCUCAAAGCGCUGUCAUUUCUAAUUUAUCAAGACAAAUGGAAUUUCAAAAAACCUAUGUCGAGAAAUACAUGAGUGCGGAGAAGGAGAACCGAAGAAGAAAUAGUACAACUCUUGAACAUCCUCAAAUCCUUAUAGCGGAAGACAACGCUAUCAAUCGUAUGAUCAUCAUUCGAUUGUUAAAGAAUGUUGGAUUUGAGGCUGAAGCGGUUUGCAAUGCCCAGCAAUUGUUGGAAAGGUUCAAUCCAAACUAUCACCGUUUGAUUAUUACUGAUCUCAACAUGCCUCCAGGCAUGGAUGGUUUGCAAGCAGCUCAGGAAAUUCGAAAAUUAUGCUCAAACAAACAUGAAAAGUCUCCUGCCAUUAUACUCCUUACAGGAGAUGGCUUUUCAGAUCAUUCGGAUGAUAUUGAGAGAGGUAUUAUUGAUAUGAUCUUGUUAAAGCCUUGCAAUAAGGAAGAUUUAAAAAAUGCCGUUUCUCAAUUCUUGCACUGA